CUCGUCAUCGCACCAGCCGGCAGUCCCCCACGCUUUGCCACCUCCCUGCAUGGAUUGGCAGCAAGGACGCACGCGACUGGCCUCACACUGGCAAGCCUGCUGCCAUUUUCGCCGCUAGAAUACCUUCGAGAACUCUUGACCUGCACCCGUCAGCUGGAUAGCUGCUGUAUCAGAGCUUCAACGCGGGAAUGAAAAUCCAGCUUUGAGCGAUAAGCGGUGCCAGGACCCAGAGUCUUGGUGGCCAGUUAGACGUAUACCUCCGAAGCCAAGGAACGGCUUUUGGACUCUGCAUGUUAGAACCUUAACGUUUCUAAGCCCUCUGGUUGAAGAUCUUGGGCUGCAGCGCAAAGAGGUCUAUAUAUUGGAUCCGAUGCCCUCCCUUCAACAUGGAAGACCAGACUCAGAGAGCUCCUCUUCCUCACCGACACCGAGAAGACGACACCACGGCCACGGUGCUUCGAAGAGCUUCGCAGACGCAGAGAACUCGCCAUUACUUCCCAGCCCAUCAACUCCUGUUGAACGUCAUAGCUCUGAUUCGUUGGAGGGAGUGUUCGAGGCUGCCGAUUUCCGCAUAAGAAGAGACGCGCACCCACUUGCAUACCGUUCCCCCUCAUAUCAUUCAUCCGACGAAUCCUAUUUCUUCGAGUUCAUCAUGGAGAAAGUCAAGUCGACGAAACUCGCCCACUUCGUGGACAGACUCGCAGUUGAUUCGGAACCCGGUUUGACGAAUGCUCAGUUGAUGCUGAACAACCAUGACUUGAAGCCUGUGGAACCUGAACGCCGUCAAUGGGGUCCGUGGAAUUUUGUGGGAUUCUGGGUAUCUGAUAGUUUUAAUAUCAACACUUGGAUGAUUUCCUCGACCGCAAUUGUUUCCCAAGGACUGUCGUGGUGGCAAUCAUGGAUCUGCGUCUGGCUGGGAUAUGCUAUUGCGGCUUGCUUCGUGUGUAUGACUGGACGAAUUGGAGCAACAUACCACAUCUCAUUCCCCGUUGUGUCCCGUUCCAGCUUCGGAAUUUGGGGUGCUCUUUGGCCUGUCUUCAACAGAGCGGCCAUGGCUUGUAUCUGGUAUGGAGUCCAAGCCUGGAUCGGAGGAGAGUGCGUCAAGCUCAUGAUCGAGGCCAUCUGGCCAUCGUUCACCAACCUCCAUAAUGGCAUUCCCAACUCCGGAACAAACACGAGAGACUUCGUCUCUUUCUUCAUCUUCUGGCUCUGCUCACUCCCCGCGAUCUGGUUCCCAGUCCACAAGAUUCGACACUUGUUCACAGUUAAGGCUUUUGUUGUCCCCACGGCGGGGAUCUCAUUCUUUAUCUGGGCCAUCGUCAGAGCUCACGGCAUCGGACCUAUUGUGCACCAACCAGCCAGUGCUCAUGGCUCCAAAUUGGCGUGGGGCAUGGUGUCCGGUAUUAUGAGCGCUAUCGCCAACUUCGCCACCCUCAUCGUUAAUGACCCCGAUUUUGCUCGGUUCGCUCGCAAGCCCAAGGAUGCCCUCUGGUCGCAACUUAUCACUAUCCCUGCUGGAUUCGCAUUUACCUCAUUCAUUGGUAUUAUCGUGUCCUCCUCCUCUACUGUUAUCUUUCACAAGGACCCAAUCUGGAACCCCCUUGAGCUUCUUCAAUCAUUCCUCGAUGAAGGAACGCACAGCAACCGUGCCGGUGUCUUCUUCAUUGCUUUCGCAUUUGCCCUCGCUCAACUCGGGACCAAUAUCGCUGCCAAUAGUGUCUCUGCAGGAACUGAUAUGACUGCACUCCUCCCACGAUAUCUUAACAUCCGCCGUGGAGGCUAUAUCUGCGCUCUUGUUGGGCUUGUCAUGUGCCCAUGGAAUUUGCUCUCAAGCGCUAACAAUUUCACCACCUACCUCUCUGCCUACAGUGUCUUUCUGUCUUCCAUUGCCGGAGUCAUCAUCUCCGACUACUACGUCGUCCGUCGCGGAUACCUGCAAAUCAAAGACCUCUACUCCGCCAAGAAGAACUCACCAUACUACUUUUGGUUCGGAUUCCACUGGCGAGGCUACACUGCGUAUAUCGCCGGAAUCCUCAUCAACAUUGUUGGUUUCGUUGGGGCGAUUGGCAAGCCUGUCCCAGCUGGCGCCAAUUACAUUUACCGCCUGAACUUCUUCUGUGGGUUCAUUGUUGCAGGGACGACUUACUGGGCUCUGUGCAAAUUCUUCCCAGUUCCGGCCACCAGUGACGUGUGGAUGGAAGUCGGUGAUCAGAUUGAGGAUCCGAGCAUGGCUUAUGGCGAGACGAGCAGCGAGUAUGAUGAGGAGAGAAAUGCUGGUGGUGUUUUUAAGGGCGGAGAGGUUACCGAGACCGGGAAGAUGGAUCUUGAGCACUAGACAGGUGGUGUUUUUGGAUUGGGUGCGAUUAUGAAGUUAUGAUUCCCAUUAGAGCUAGUGUUGAUUUUUGAUUUGUGUAUUUGGCCGUUAUUUUCAUAGACUUUUGUUAUGAUACCACUCGCUGAGUCGAUUUUAUGAAAGACAGUAUCUUUAUCGAUCACUUUUGCAGCCUUUAAACUAUCAUCGCGAUUUGCGCAUAGAACUCUGAAUCAAUGCAGUGAAUUAAUAUGGC